AAAUACUGUGAAGAUAGUGAAUCCCCUCAAACAUAAAUAAUAAAUUUGAUAAUGAUAACGCGUUGCAUGAUCAAACUUUUCCAACGCUUGCAAAUGGAACGUGCAUAUCUCUUCGUUUCAAUGGCAAUCGGAACAUAUUCGGCUAUUAUCUGUCCUUAUCCGAAGACUGACGGGAAGGGCCGAAAAGUUGCGAAUGUAUUCAAUGGUUCAUUAUCCCGCCAAAAGAAAAAUUAAAAAAAGAAUAAGAAAAACAAAUACAGAACAAAGUUUAAUUGCUCACUGCAUAUAAUUGUUAAUAAAACAAAGUGGUUUUCGUGCCUUAUAAGUACGACAUAAAUCUUCUUUAUCUCAAAGAUUUAAAUAUUAUACAUAUUACAAUAUAGAAAAGCUUUAUAAGUUUAUACACGUAUAUACAUAAUGUUGGCUAGAAGUCAGUUCGACUGUAUUUAUUGUCAUAAAUAAGUACACACAAGUGGCUUAUACAAAUUUACAAAUCCUUUAAAGGAUUUGUAAAUUUGUAUAAGCCACAUGAAUGAGAAUAAGACUAAAACAGUAAACACCAGUUAAAAAUCGUGAAACAAACAUUAAAUAAAGAUUGUAAUAAAAUUGUUAAACAAUCUGUUGAUAAAAAUAAAUUACUACUACGAUGGUUUAUCAUUGAAUUGAAACAUGUCUAAUAAAAAGAAGUUCUGUGUUGUACAAUAAAUGAUAAUCUUGUGCAAACGUCAUCAUGCUCUUUGUUUGCUGUUUGAAAGUUGAUAAGAUAACAAGUGUUUCUGGUAAUGUUUAUAAUUAUGAUUGCGUAAAGACAAAGCCCUCCACUUAGCCAUAUUACAUGUAUGUAAUAUAGACAUAUAGCACACGAAAGGGUAUAAAAUGUAUACAGGUGUCUAUUUCAAUAAUUCUCUUGCAAGAUUUUUAAAGACUUAUCUAAAACUCUGAUCAUUGAUCAAAUAUGAGAAUAAAUUAUUAUGAAAACAUUUGGGACGAUUUAGGGGUCGAGUUUGUGACGAGACGAGUUGACCAAAAAUGGUUAAUAGCUGUCCACGGGACGACUUAACCAAGAAAACUCGUUUUGAUUAUCUGUGCUCGUUAAAAAAACAUGUAGUCAAUUGUUUUAAGAGUGAUAAAGUAAUUGUAGUUUCGAUGUACUCCAGGUAUAUGAAAAAUUGGUAUAUACCUUCCCGAUAAUAAUGCAGCAAAGGGAAUCCCCAUGUAAAGUAGAAAAAGUGAAAGGGGCAAUCCCCUUGUACAAGUUUAUCUACAAAGGUUUAAUAUUAUCUGAUAACAUUGUUAACCGAUAGGUAAUAGGCAAUUAAAUCUCAAAUCAAAAGAGGACAUAUGUUCAAUAUACAUGUCGGUCAAUCUUUGUGUCUUUUACUCUUGGUAUAUUGCAUUUUUGAAGGAUAUCUACUUGUUUUGAACAAAUAUGGAAGAGGAAGAAUUCAGUUUCUACAAAAUUAUAAGAAGUGAGAAAACAGUUGUUCUGCCGUGUCUGAAAAAAUAUUUCGAAACCAAAUUGGACCUGAAAUACCCCUAUACUCCAUGGACAGGAAAUGCAGAAAGCGUCGAGUUGUUUCGAAGUAAAGAAGAAGAAUUUUUCAAAAAUAGUUUGAGAGAAUUGUCAAAAAGUGCACGGGGAAGGAAAAGAGACAAGAGAAAUCGAAUACUUAACACAUAUCAUGAUGACCAGUGGGUUAAUUACCACUGGGACAUAAGUAAGUUUAAGUACGCUUUAGUUGACUCAAAAAUGUUUAAGUUAGAUGAAACAGAUGAUACCGGAAUUCCAGUUAGUGAACGAAUUGUAAAACUCAAAGAAAUACGUAAUGAUACGGCUCAUUCCACAAAAGCUGCAUGUGAAAGAGAACAUUGCGAUAAGAUUCUGACAGAAAUAAGUGACCAUAUUAAGGGAAUGAAGGAGCCAGGAUUUGAUACAUCUACCUACAUAGAGGAUUUAGAGCGAAUCAAAUCAGAGGAAAAACCGAUUUCUUGUAAAGAACGUUGUGAAAUGAGAUUACAGUAUGAAAAACUGAGAUACGAAAAUCAGAUAUAUAAAGAACGGGAAAAGACAUUUGAAGAAAAGGAGAAAAACACCCAAUUGCUACAAGAGCUGAAUGAAGUAAAGGGACAGUAUAUAGAUGCACUCCAAAAAAUAAAUUUAGCAGAAAUGGAGAACAAUAAAAAAUUUGAAAUGCUCGAAUUACAAGUAGAAAAAGUGAUUACAGCCAACAAUUUGCUCACUGUAGAAGUCAAUAAACUCAAAUAUGAGAAAAAGGUCUUUGGGCGUGAUAUUUAUUAUCAACUUAAUCCAGAAAUGAAAACAACUAGUGAGGAUAAGUUCGUAUUGGAAUAAAACAGUUAACUUUUAUUUAUACGAUUAGGGAAAAUUUGUAACAGUACAGAGGCUUUACUGAUCAAAAAUAAACAUCUGUAAACCAUUACCUUUGUAAAUUAAAGCACUGCAAAUUAUUGCUUGACAAAAUGGUCUUAUUUUUGUCACCAGGACCAUGUUGAUUUUAACCUACUGACCUCAAAAUUAAUAGGGGUCGUCUUCUGGCAACGUUCAAUGUCCCUUACAAGUUACACAAACCUAUGCUUAUUUCUUCUCGAGUUAUUGAUGGGAAAAGGAAGAAUUGACGUUCCUUCACACUAGAGCUAUAUUUUGCCAGGCAACAUGCUAGACUAAAUGCUUUGCGAAAAUGGAAAACAAUAGAGAAAUCAGUUUUCGAAACACCUGUUUCUUGACUACAGUAUACUCUAUUGAAACAGUAAUAUAGAGGCUUCAAUGUUGCUAUUUAUCACUAUAAACGAUAUGACAUGUUGGUUAAAAGCUAUAUAAAUAGCUUAUGUUUUUGUGAGAUGUUUUAUAUGCACACCGACAAGGAAUAAAUUUUGAUUUGAUUUGAUUUGACACUGCGAAAAAGACACUAAUAUACGGGAAUAUACGGUACCGUAUUUUCAACAUAUACGGGCGUGUACGGGACGUAUAAGCCUAAUAUACGGACCAAAUAUACGAGUCCGUAUAGGGAACAUAGAGUAUACGGGAAGUCCGUAUAUUGACCAAGCAUGUACGGAAUUCCGUAUAUGCUCCAUAUACAUGUUUGGAUAUGAACCCUUACACGUGCAGUAUACAGGGAGUGAAAACCUGUAUAUGUAUUUUUUCAAGGUUUUUUUCUUUUGUAAAAUAGUGGUAAUGGUCGAAUACAAGAAAUACCUGGUAUGUAUAUUUAUAGAAUACGGGAAUGUACGGGAUUGUAUAUUUAUAGAAUACGGAAAUGUACGGGAUUGUAUAUUU